CUCCGGGUGCCACAGAGCCCGGCCAGCCGCGGCAACGGCGACGCGCGGGGCGGGAGCGCUUGGCGGACCCCGCGACCCCGAACGAGCGGGUGCCUGGAGCGGGCAGCCCGGCCGGGGGAACCAGUGGCGGCCGAAACGGCUGGGCUUGGGUACCCCUCGCGCAGAGCUCCAUGCCGGUGUGGUGCUGCCGAUGCUCUCUGGCCGGUCAUUUCAGAAACUACAGUGACAGUGAAACUGAAGGAGAGAUUUUUAAUUCCUUAGUGCAGUAUUUUGGUGAUAAUUUGGGGCGAAAAGUUAAAGCUAUGCCAUUAGUUGAAGAAACAUCUUUACUUGAAGAUUCAUCAGUGACUUUGCCUGUGGUAAUAAUAGGAAAUGGACCCUCAGGAAUAUGCCUUUCUUAUAUGUUAUCAGGCUACAGACCAUAUUUAUCAUCAGAAGCAAUACACCCAAAUACAAUCUUACAUAAUAAAUUAGAAGAAGCAAGACAUCUUUCCAUUGUUGAUCAGGACUUAGAAUACUUGUCUGAGGGCCUUGAGGGCCGAUCAUCCAAUCCAGUUGCGGUACUUUUUGACACACUUCUUCAUCCAGAUGCUGACUUUGGGUAUGAUUAUCCAUCUGUUCUGCACUGGAAAUUAGAACAACAUCAUUAUAUCCCUCACUUAGUUCUUGGUAAAGGUCCACCUGGUGGGGCUUGGCAUAAUAUGGAAGGCUCCAUGUUGACAAUCAGCUUUGGAAAUUGGAUGGAGUUACCUGGUCUUAAAUUUAAAGAUUGGAUGUCAAGCAAACGAAGGAACCUGAAAGGGGAUCGAGUUAUGCCAGAAGAAAUAGCUCGCUACUAUAAACAUUAUGUAAAAGUCAUGGGCCUUCAGAAGAAUUUCAGAGAUAAUACUUAUAUAACCUCCGUAUCAAGACUCUACAGAGAUCAAGACGAUGAUGACAGUCAAGUCAGAGAUAUUUCAACAAAUCAUUUACAGAUAGAGGAGACAAAAUUUAUCAAGAGAAACUGGGAAAUCAGGGGUUAUCAGCGAGUAGCAGAUGGUUCUCAUAUUCCCUUCUGUCUCUUUGCUGAGAAUGUAGCUCUGGCAACUGGAACAUUGGAUUCUCCUGCUCAUCUGGAAAUUGAAGGGGAAGGUUUUCCAUUUGUGUUUCAUUCAAUGCCUGAAUUUGGAGCUGCUAUAAGCAAAGGAAAGUUGCGUGGCAAAUUGGACCCAGUGUUAAUUGUAGGUUCUGGGCUCACUGCUGCUGAUGCAGUACUCUGUGCGUACAACAAUAAUAUUCCUGUGAUACAUGUAUUUCGCAGACGAGUAACUGAUCCAAGCUUAAUUUUUAAGCAGCUUCCCAAAAAGCUUUAUCCAGAAUACCAUAAAGUCUAUCAUAUGAUGUGUACUCGGUCAUAUUCUGUAAACCCAAAUCUUUCAUCUGAUUAUACCAGUUUUCCUGAGCACCAUGUGCUUUCCUUUAAGUCGGACAUGAAAUGCAUUCUUCAAAGCAUCUCUGGAUUGAAGAAAAUAUUUAAACUUUCUGCUGCAGUAGUGUUGAUAGGUUCUCAUCCUAAUCUGUCUUUUCUGAAGGAACAAGGAUGUUACCUAGGCCAUAAAUCAAGUCAGCCAAUCACAUGUAAGGGUAAUCCUGUGGAAAUAGAUACAUAUACCUAUGAGUGUGUUAAAGAAGCCAACCUUUUUGCUUUGGGUCCUUUGGUUGGAGACAAUUUUGUUCGAUUUUUAAAGGGAGGGGCACUGGGUGUUACACGCUGUUUAACUACAAGACAGAAGAAAAAGCAGCAUUUAUUUGUUGAAAGAGGAGGAGGAGAUGGGAUAGCGUAAAGCAAGUUUAGAAGAUUUUAAAUGGACGGUUUACCAUUAAAGGUUUUUAAUAGUGGUUUUGCAGUGUACUGGCUUGAGUUUUUAGACUUGACUGGAGGAGAGCUUCAGGCUACAGUAACUUCAUUUUUUUAAGUUACAAGAACUUAGUGUUCUGAUUUAUAUUGUAAUUUAUCAAAGGUGUCGCUGUCAGACAAGUAGAAACACUGCCAACUUGGUAUACUUUAAGCUUUCCUUAACUAAACCAUUAUUUUCUUCCAAGACUUAAUUUUUGUGAUUAUUUUGGUUACUUCUUAUGUGUGAUUCCAAAAUAUUACAGCCUUGAAUCUAUAAAACCACAGUCAUUAGGCCAGAAGUUAUCACUAAGUAAAUAGUGGGUCACCUUGCUGUUUAAAGGGUGGUCCAGAGACUGUCAGCAUGAGCUUCAUCUGUAGCUUGUUAGAAAUGUAGACUCUCAGGCCCCACAACAUACUUACUGAGUCAAAAACUGCAUCUUAGCAAGAUCCCCAAGGGAUAUGUGUGCUUCUAAAAGUUUGAGACACAUUGGUCUGAAUCAGUGGUUCUCAACCUUCCUAAUGCCGCCACCCUUUAAUACAGUUCUUGUGGGUCGUGACCCACAGGUUGAGAACCACUGGUCUAAAUGAAUAUGGUAUAAAAGGUAUGUAUGCUGGGAUUGGGGUUGGGGUAUGAGGCAAUUACAGCUCAGGUUUUAUUUAUUUUGAAAUUAUCAAUUGUAUAAAUCUAAUUUAUUAAAAAUAUGAUGGUCUUUAAAAAAUAUUUUUAUUGUUGAAAUCUUGACAGGUACUUCAUAUUCUUCUAAUAAUUUAAAUAAUCUAAUAAUGUUGGUAUACAUUUUGACAUCCAAAAACCCACCAAGAUAUUUUUCAGAGAUAUAUUCUCUACUUAACCACCAUAACAUUUAAUUAAUCUGAUUUGCAAUUCAAUAAAUUGUGAAUGGAAUUAC